CUGGACUUCAAUUUUUUUAUCCUUAAUAGAACCGAACAGACGAGGAGAAUGAAGAAAACCCACAAAAAUCUGCCGGUUCAGUCCAGUUCGGUUGGUGCAGAUGGUUUUUCGGUUUUUUUUCCAAUCCAGUUUUCAUCCCUACUUAAAAAUAUGACAAAACCCUAAAACCUAGUCGGCUGUGGUGAUGACAUAUUUUAAAGACGGCUCUUUUAGAACCAAAAACCCUAGCUGCGCGCAUUGCAUUAUCUUCGUCUUCAUCUUGUGAGCUGUAGAGAGAGACGACGCACGAAGCCACAAUGGGGAUACCUGCAUUCUAUCGUUGGCUGGUCGAUAAAUACCCACUUGCUGUCGCCGACGUCAUCGAAGAAGCUCCGAUCAUCGUCAAUGGCGUUUCAAUGCCCCUAGAUUCAAGUCGACCAAACCCCAAUGACAUUGAAUUCGACAAUCUUUACCUUGAUAUGAAUGGAAUCAUCCAUCCCUGUUUCCACCCUGAAGGCCUCCCUGCUCCGAAGACGUAUGAGGAGGUAUUCGAGGCAGUGUUCAAGUACAUAGAUCGAGUUUUCUCGAUCGUUAGACCUCGAAAACUACUUUAUAUGGCAAUUGAUGGUGUUGCACCACGUGCUAAGAUGAAUCAACAACGAGCAAGACGUUUCAGAGCUGCUAAGGAUGCAGCUGAUGAAGCCUCUAGAACAGAGGGGCUGAGUGGAGUUCAUGGAGCAGAAGGGGAAGACUUGGCUCUUUUGGAGCAAACUAAAAAGCUGGAUUCAAAUGUUAUUACACCUGGAACUGAAUUCAUGUCAUUACUGUCAUCAGCUCUUCAAUAUUAUGUACACUUGAGGAUGAAUAUGGAUCCUGGGUGGAGGGGAGUCAAGGUAAUUCUCUCUGAUGCCAAUGUGCCUGGUGAGGGGGAGCAUAAGAUAAUGUCUUACAUCCGCUUACAAAGAAAUCUUCCAGGAUUUGAUCCAAACACGAGGCAUUGUUUGUAUGGAUUGGAUGCAGAUUUGAUCAUGCUUGCAUUGGCUACCCAUGAAAUCCAUUUCUCAAUUCUAAGAGAGGAUGUCCGCAAAGAAAACACAAAUGAUAAUAGUCGAAGAGAUAGGAAGAAGAUGAGUAGACAGAAACAAAGGGAGGAGUCGGAGCAGGGGGGUUCUGGCAAGUACAUACAAGACUAUUCCAUGAGGCUGAAAUUUCAGUUUCUACAUGUAUGGAUACUCAGAGACUAUCUAGUCCAUGACUUAAGAAUACCAGAUCCAACAGCAAAGGCAGACUUGGAACGUUUAAUUGAUGAUUUUGUCUUCAUGUGCUUGUUUGUUGGAAAUGACUUUCUACCUCAUGUGCCAUCAUUGGAGAUAUCUGAGGGGGCUAUUGAUCUACUAAUGGUUGUCUACAAGAAGGAAUUUAUUCAAAUGGGUGGCUAUCUGACUAAUUCUGUUGAGGUAAAUUUGGAACGCGUGGAGCACUUUGUACAAGCUGUUGGUUGUCAUGAGGAUGCAAUUUUCAGGAAACGUAGCCAGGUGCAAAAAGAAAGGGAGAUUUGGUUUCGACGUUCUUCAAGACCUGUGCUCGAAGAAACGAAGACUUGGUCUCAACAUGGACGUUCUAGUCGUUCCUGUGUUAAGAAGAUGCAAAGCUCAGUAAACUGGGCAACUGAUGAUGCAAAUCCUGUAAUCGACCAGGUUAAACUAGGAGAAGAGGGAUGGAAGGAGAGAUUCUAUGCUGAAAAGUUUGAGGCUAAAACAGAUGAUGAUCGUGAGAAAAUUCGUAGACAUUCGGUCCUGAAAUACAUAGAAGGGAUUUGUUGGGUCAUGCAUUAUUACUACGAAGGAGUAUGCUCUUGGCAAUGGUUCUAUCCUUACCAUUACGCCCCAUUUGCUUCAGAUUUUUAUGGUCUUGAUCAGUUGGAAAUUUACUUCACCCUUGGGAAGCCCUUUAAGCCAUUUGAUCAGUUAAUGGGUGUAUUGCCUGCUGCGAGUGCACAUGCACUUCCUUUCUUUUACAGGAAAUUGAUGACAGAUUCAUCAUCACCUAUUUUGGACUUCUAUCCUGAUGAUUUUGAGUUGGACAUGGAUGGAAAACGUUUUGCUUGGCAGGCUAUUUGCAAAUUACCAUUUAUUAAGGAGUCCCGCCUUCUCUCAGAAAUUGUAAAGGUGGAGCACACAUUGACGGAUGAAGAAAAACGAAGAAACGGUUUGGGCAUGGAUGUACUCUUUAUUCACAAAUCUCAUUCUUUAGCAUUGAAGAUCUUUUCUUUCUAUGAGAAAAAUAAAGAUCAUCCAAAGUUGCUCGAGGCUAAAGUCAAACGAAAGAUCGACCCUGAACUAAGCGGUGGGAUGAAUGGAUACAUUUAUAUUUCUGAUAAACCUGUGUGUCCUCUGGAGAUCAAUCCACCGAUUGGUGACAUGGCGAUGAUUAUGAAGAACGAAGUCCUAUCUGUCUUCUACAAAUACCCUUCAUUUCAUUCUCACAUCCCAAAACCACCAGAAGGAGUGACUGUGCCUGAGAAGGCUGUCAAAAAGCGAGAUGUCCUACCUUCACCUGUUCUAUGGCAUGAGAAAUCGUCCCUUCUUGGACGCAUAGUUCCUAAAAGGCCACCCAUCCCCGAGUCUGUCUCUGGUCAUUCUCUUGCAAAACUGGCUCAUCAGCUUGUUUGUAAGUAUUAUCUUGCAAAGCAACCAGUAAGCCAUGGAUACAUGAAAGUUGGCAACCAUGGAGGUGUGGAUGACCCGACUUGCCAAUCAAACUUGAAGGCUACAGUUUGUGGGAAGGAACUGGAUGGAGGCAGUGAAAACUGCAUUACUACUGAAUCUAGAAAAAGGAAACGGAAUAGAGGUAGUCGUCGGAGUAAUAAACUCGGCAACCAAAUAGGUGUGGAUGACCCGACUUGCCAGUCAAACUUGAAAGCAACAGUUUGUGGGAAGGAACUAGAUGGAGGCAGUGAAAACUGCACUGCUAUUGAUUCUAAAAAAAGGAAACGGAACAGAGAUCGCCGACUUCGCCGAAUCAAAAAGCGAAAGUUAAUGUCGACGACAAAUAUAGAAGUAAAAAGAGAACUUAAUGGUGGCUCAAAUAAUGGAUCAUUGACAAAUUUAGAAGUAAAAGGAGAAGAAUUUAAUGGUGAAGAAGUUGGCAACCAUAUAGGUGUAGAUGGCCCGAGUUGCCAAUCAAACUUGAAAGCAACAGUUUGUGGGAAGGAACUGGAUAGAGGCAGUGAAAACUGCAUUAUUGCUGAAUCUAGAAAAAGGAAACGGAAAAGAGGUAGUCGUCGCCGUAAUAAACUGGGCAACCAAAUAGGUGUGGAUGAUCCAACUUGUCAGUUGAACUUGAAAGCAACAGUUUGUGGGAAGGAACUAGAUGGAGAAGUUGAAAACAACCAUGUAGGUGUGGUUGACCCGACUUGUCAGUCAAACAUGAAAGCAACAGUUUGUGGGAAGGAACUAGAUGGAGAAGUCAAAAACAACCAUGUAGGUGUGGAUGACCCGACUUGCCAGUCAAACUUGAAAGCAACGGUUUGUGGGAAGGAACUAGAUGGAGAAGUUGAAAACAACCAUGUAGGUGUGGAUGACCGGACUUGUCAGUCAAACAUGAAAGCAACGGUUUGUGGGAAGGAACUAGAUGGAGAAGUCAAAAACAACCAUGUAGGUGUGGAUGACCUGACUUGCCAGUCAAACUUGAAAGCAACGGUUUGUGGGAAGGAACUAGAUGGAGGCAUUGAAAACUGCACUGCUAUGAUUCUAAAAACAAGUUACAGAACAGAAAUCACCGACUUCGCCUAAUCAAGAAGCAAAAGUUAAUGUUGAUGACAAAUUUAGAAGUAAAAGGAAAACUUAAUGGUGGCUCAAAUAAUGGAUCGAUGACAAAUUUAGAAGUAAAAGAAGAACUUCAUGGUGGCUCAAAUAGUGGAUCCUAGAGAGCUACAAUUCUGUUGACCGGUAUACAUUUAUAACAUGCCCACUGUUGGUGAUUUAUAGAAUUUUACCCCUGCAUAAGCACGAUUCCCUCUGCUCCAUAUUUGCCUUGAAAAGGUAUUUUUUUCUUCGAAGAUGGUUAAUUGUUAUUUUCCAUCACCUGACUUGGGAAAAGAAAAUGGAGAAAAGGUUAUUGUAGCUCUGGUGAUGGUUCAACAGUUCUAUUUACAUCAAUUUUACGAGGGUGAAGAGUGUAAAGUCAACAGUUGCGGAACCAACAAAGCAGCAUAGGAGGUAGGGUACCUAUUGUUGUAUCAUGCGGUUAAGACCUACCGAGGGUUGGUUAGUAUUCCCUCCAAGUUUUUUAAGAGUAAGAAUAUACAAUUUGUUUAUGAACUACUAGAAGUGAAUUCACUUGUCAAGUGCUUUGGUUUGGAAUGUCAUAAUUUAAAUUUAGGUUUAUUUUAACCAUUAUACUGGUGUUUGUUUUGUUGAAGUUUUGCAUACCUUUGUGUUUCAAAUUCUAUGCUUUACUGUUGUCGUUGGUUCGAAGGAGAAGGUAUUGAACUCUUUGGUUUGUCUA